AUGGAUUUCUCCAAUCUCAAAGACCAGGUCAGCAACCUGACCUUGUAUGACCUCAAGGCGGGUGUCCGCAAGGUGCAGAAUGCGGUAAUGAACUACACCGAAAUGGAAUCCAAGGUCCGAGAAGCUACCAAUAACGAACCAUGGGGUGCCUCGACCACGUUGAUGCAGGAAAUCGCCAACGGAACUCACAGCUACCAACUACUCAACGAGAUCAUGCCCUUGAUUUACAAGCGUUUCACAGACAAGACCGCGGAGGAAUGGCGACAGAUUUACAAGAGCCUCCAACUAUUGGAAUUUCUGGUGAAGAACGGAUCGGAACGAGUGGUUGACGACGCGCGGUCGCACAUGUCCUUGCUUCGAAUGCUGCGUCAAUUCCAUUAUAUCGACCCGAACGGAAAGGAUCAGGGUAUCAACGUGCGCAACCGGUCGUCGGAGUUGGUCAAGCUGCUCGGGGAUGUCGAUCUCAUCCGCUCCGAACGGAAGAAGGCCAGGGCCAACCGCAACAAGUUCGGCGGUUUCGAGGGCGGCGCGUCCGUCGGCGGAGGAUUCUCGGGCUCGAGCGGGCGAUACGGUGGCUUUGGCAGUGAGAGCAUGUCCUUCGGUGGAUAUAGCGGGGGCGUGUUCGGCGACGGCGGCGGGUUCGGAGGUGCUUCGAGUGAAUUCCAGGACACCGCGGCGCGCCACGGCAACCGGUUCGACGAAUAUGACGAAUAUGAUGAAGGAGGUGCCGCUCCGGCUGCUCGUCCCAGUCCUCCGCGUGCUGCUCCCCGACGAGAGGCGAAGCAGCCGGAACCUCCGAAAGCGCCGCCGCAAGAGGAUCUCUUCGACUUCGGUGACGAGGAGGUUGUCACUUCGGCUCCUACGACGUCGACUGCGGCCGGCAAGCAACCCGCGGCCGGCGGCAGCAACGGCCUGGAUAUUCUUGACGCCAACCCCAUCGACGAUGACGACUUUGACGAUUUCCAGUCCGCAACCCCCGCGCCCCAGCCGGCAGCGUCGUCGAACCAAUUCGGCAUCCCGCCGCCCGCCUCUACCGCCAGCACAACCUCGAGCACUCAGUUCGCGGCCCCCAAGCCGGUCUCGGGGACUCAAGGGUCGAACCUGAACGGACUGGUCGGAUUCACCUCGAUGACCCCUACGCCCACCUCCAGCACGAUGGCUUCCCCCACGCUGUCGCAGAGCUCCCUGAUGCAGCCGGCCCAGCAGCAGAAGCCGGCCCAGCCCAAGCCCACGGGCUUCCAGGCCGCCACCCCCAACUACUUCACCUCUGUCCACGCCAACAACAACACGGCCCAAUCUCCCUCCACCUUCUCCGGCCACCGACCCGGCAUGCCGUCCACCUCCUCAUUCGGCUCCGCCACCGCUCCUUCCACUGCCGCCAAGCCCGCCGCGUCCAAGUCCUCCGGCGGCGACGCCUUCGGCUCCCUGUGGUCCAACGCCAGUGCCACUGCCGGAAUCCAAAAGUCCUCGUCGACCGCCAGCAAGGGACCCAACCUGGCCAGUAUGGCCAAGGAAAAGGCCAGCGCCGGCAUCUGGGGCGCCCCUGCCUCGUCGCCUCAGGCUUCUCAGCAGACUCAGUCUUCUAAACCGGGGGGUUCCGCAUUCGAUGACUUGUUGGGUUAA